AUGAAUUCAGACCUGAUAUAUCUGAUAGAAAAAGUGAGGCAUUCUAUGGAGAGCUUUUCUCUUUUUGUUUUAAGGCCACCUAAAUAGCCUUCUGAUAUUAAUGAAAUAAUUAGCAAAAAUAAAAUUAAAGCAAUUUUUUAUGCUGGGACUAAUCCCCCUAAAAUAGAGGUGGAGCGUUUUUUUAAUGUGUAAAACACUCCGAUCAAAGAAAUUGUAGAAAAUAUCCAUAAAUAAUUAAUAUAAUAAGAAUCUAACGUUGGAUUAAUGUGUUCUGAGACAUGUGAAACUAGUUUAAAGAUUCAUCUUAACUUUAUGGUACUUAUAGAAUAGAAAGGUUUUGAUGAAUUACGCCAUGAUCUAUUUGAAAAUAUAUUUUCAAUGGAAUAUCUACAUUAAGGGUAAUCUAUUCUAAAGCCAUCAAUUAUUGAUCCAGUUAGAAAAGAUAAGAAAAUGAAUGAAUAACCCAGUCUUGAAAUAAAGACUCCUUAAAUCACUAAUAAUCAUCGCAUAUUUAAUGGAUACUAAAAGGAUGACUAAAAUUACUUAUCGGAGAGAAGCAAAAUGAUCUUAGGGAAGGAAGAUCAAGUAAUCUCAGAAUUAUUUUAGUCUGACAUUAUAAUUCCUCCUUUUAUUGGUUUAUUAGAGGCAAGCAUCGAAGCUGAAUCUUUAGUAAAUAGUAUCAAGAAUAUUUCAAUAAAUAAUUAAUAACCUCUAUUUAAAAAAGAAUACAAAUUACCUGCAAGAAUUUAAUUUUCUCCUUUUAUACCAAAUGAUGGAUUUAAAUGUUUUGAAUGA